CGCCAACAGAAAUCGCUAGUCGGAAUAAAGACGCUGAAUCGUACAGACCACGGGUUACUAUACCUACCCCACAGGUGUCUCUAAUGAGGUUUUCCACCUGAAAGAGUUUCACGUUUUUUUAGAAACACUUUUGGAAAAACUACUGAUUUCAAAAAGGUAACAUAGAGACAAGUUUAAAGAGAUUUUUAAACUUUCCCAUCAAUCAAUUCAAUUAUUACUAUGGUGUCUAUUUACUCAUCGUUCAAGAGGAAACGAAAAACCAUCCACCUUAUCCCUGCACACACUUUUAUUGCAUUUUCAAAGGGGGCUGGAAUAUAAUUAUAAUGCACAAGUAAAUAUGUAUACUUGUGCAACAAUAAAUCAACCUUGCAUUAGGUUAAAUUGUUAAUGAAGAUCUACCCUCGUGAUAAUUCAUUAUAAGAAUGCCUCCAAGUUCAAAUUUUAAAAAAUGGAUCACAGGAUUCGGUGCAAUAGGUGGUGCAAUGCUUUUUUAUCCAAACGAUAAUCAUAAUUCAUGGAUAACACCUCCUUUAUGGCAAAACAAAUGGGAUCAUAAUUGGGAUAGGCGUCAUUCAGAAUGGUCAAAAAUGACAAAACGGGAUGUAGAAUCUGAUAAACAAAUAUAUGGAGAGACAUUAGUAAAGAAAAAUGCAGAUAUCAAAUAUAACAUAAUUUUAGUUCGUCAUGGGCAAUAUAAUAUAGAAGGCAAAACAGAUUUAGAUAGAACACUUACAACUCUUGGUAGGCAACAAGCUGAAGCCACAGGAAAAAGAUUACAAGAAUUAAAAUUGCCAUAUGAUUUAAUUGUACAAUCAACAAUAGUUCGAGCUAAGGAAACAGCACAGAUUAUAAAAAACUAUCUUAGAGAUGUAACAGUUAAAGAAGAUUCAGGUCUUACAGAGGGUAUGCCAAUUCCACCUGAUCCACCAAUUAAUUUUUGGAAAUCUGAUGUAAAUUUUUAUGAAGAUGGACCUAGAAUAGAAGCUGCAUUUAGGAAAUACUUUCAUCGUCCGGAUCCUAAUCAAAAGAAAGAUUCUUACAUUAUUCUUGUUUGCCAUGCAAAUGUUAUUAGAUAUUUUGUAUGCCGAGCAUUGCAGUUUCCACCUCAGGGUUGGUUACGUCUCAGUUUGAAUCACGCGAGUAUUACAUGGAUAUCUAUUCGUCCUAAUGGGAGAGUAACGUUAAGGAAUUUAGGAAACCAAAGUGUUAACAAUGAUUAACAAACAGUACAUAAACCAAUAGCAUUUUACAUGUUUAUACAACAAGGAACAUCCAUAUAAGAAAUAAUGUAAAUCACAACUUGAUACAGCAUCCAACUCAAUUCAGCUCACCAUUGACUACAUCGGUUUAUUUAUGGCAAUGACUACCGAUACAAACGACUGGACAUGCCCUAUUGAGGGAUCAUGAUUUAUGGGGUCCCAAACACCCCCAGAUGAAAUUAAACCUGCAUGCAGAGAAUAUGUACAGCCGGUAUGAUAGUCCUACCUGUUUUAUCAGUCCCUCCUUUGUCGGACCACAGACGUCAACAAGGUAAAACAGACCACAAAUUUACUUUCUCGUUUUUUCUGUAGGGCGCAAUUCGUUGUGCGUCGACCGAACCGUCGAUAGGCCCAUUUUUGCCGGUAAUGUCACCUCGCUGCAUUACCUGUGUCUACCUGUGUACCUGUGUACUUAUACAUAUAGCUAUCGUAGCUAUAUCACAACAUUCCAUACAUUCCUGCAACUCGUAUAUGCCGGCAUUCCUUAUACCUCGACAUCCCUUACAUCUCUGUACCCUUUAUCACUGCAUCUCUUACAUGUGUGCAUCCUUAACUUCCCUGCAUCCCUUAUACCACUACAUUCCCCCUCUAUUCCUGCAACUCGUAUAUGCCGGCAUUCCUUAUACCUCGGCAUCCCUUACAUCUCUGUACCCUUUAUCACUGCAUCUCUUACAUGUGUGCAUCCUUAACAUCCCUGCAUCCCUUAUAUCACUACAUUCCCCCUCUAUUCCUGCAUCUCGUAUAUACCAGCAUUCCUUAUACCUUGGCAUCCCUUACACUUUUGCAUCCCUUACAUCUCUGUACCCUUUAUAUCUCUGUAUCCAGUCCACUCCUGAAUUCUCCGUGCAUCUCUUGUAUCCUUUCAACCCUUAUAAUAAAUAUAUUAUAAAUAAUAUACUUAUGGCCGCUGGUUCGAGUAAAGGUCAGUAAAGGUAAGUAAAGGUAAGUAAAGGUAAGUAAAGG